AUGAAGCAGGAAGCGGUGUCGCAAGAUCGGGCAGAUGGUGCACAGGGAGGAGCGCCCCUCUGCUGUAACAGCACAGAUGCUUGUUGUCAUGGAGGAGCAAAGAUGGCGGUCCUGGCCUAUAGCCUGGGCAAACGCGAAAUAAAUCAACAUUUUACCAUAAAAAAUGCCAAAUUUAUAUCGAUAGUAGUCGUCAUUGUACUCCUCGUGUUUCACACAACUUCGCGGUACUAUGGAGGCGGAGAUUCAUGUGAAUGGCUGCUGUCCAGAGGACGUUACUUGGGGGAGAACGUAUGGCAGCCGUAUGGCUGCAUGAUGCACAAAUACAAAAGCAUUGAAGCCAAAACUUGCCUUGCUGAAAAGCGAGUGGCCUUUGUCGGUGAUUCACGAAUCAGGCAGCUAUUUUACUCCUUCAUCAAAAUUAUUGACCCUGAGCGAAGAGAGGAUGGAAACAAGCACGAGGACAUUCCCUUUGAAGAUGAGAGUUCCUCUGUUAAUGUGGACUUCCUGUGGUAUCCAGAGGCAAAUAAUUCAAUGAAGGAGCGCUUAAUGUCAUGGACACACGAAGGUUCAGCAAAGCCAGAUGUUGUCAUCCUUGGAGCUGCAACAUGGUCCAUCAAGUUGCACAGUGGCAGCAGCGAGACACUGCAGCAGUACAAAGCCAACCUGACAGCCAUUGCUGUACACCUGGAGAAGCUGGCUGACCAUGGAGAGGUCUACUGGGUCCUGCAAGACCCAGUAAAUGAGGAGGUGUUGAGUGAGAACAGGAAGAUGAUCACCAACCAACAGCUGGAGCUGUACAAUGAAGCGGCUGUGGACGUGCUCAACAGCAGCAAGCGUAACAGCAGGUCCCGGGUCAAGCUGUUGGCUGCGUCCCGCCAGGCUGCACUGGAAACUAUCACCCAGUCAGACGACGGCUUGCACCUGCCUGAGAGCACCAGGAAUGUGGGAGCCAUGAUCCUCAUGAACUCUGUGUGCAACAAGCUACUGAGGCCCAUUGACGGCUCCUGCUGCCAGACGUUGCCACCCGCAAACCUCCUGCAGAAACUGGCAGCGUGUUUCUUCCUGGGCUCGGCCCUGGUCUUGCUGGUCCUCCAUAUCCUUGGCAACAACCGUCACCGCCGACCUGUGCCCUCAGACGUGGAGAGCCUAGAGGAGAAGAAGCCAGCAACUGCAGCUGCUCCCCUGGGUCUGAAGGCGCCGUUUCAGGCCCUUUGCAGGAUGGGCCUCAUCAUGAGCUAUUUUUACCUUUGUGACAGAGCAGAUGUGUUCAUGAAAGAGCAGAAGUUCUACACUCACUCCACGUUCUUCAUCCCUUUCAUCUAUAUAUUUGUCCUGGGAGUGUUCUACAAUGAGAACAGCAAGGAGACCAAAUUACUCAACCGAGAGCAAACGGACGAGUGGAAAGGCUGGAUGCAGUUGGUCAUCCUCAUCUAUCACAUAUCUGGAGCCAGUGCUUUCAUUCCAGUGUACAUGCAUGUGCGGGUGCUGGUGGCAGCGUACCUUUUUCAGACUGGCUAUGGACACUUUUCCUUUUUUUGGCUCAAAGGAGACUUUGGAUUGUAUAGAGUGUGCCAGGUGCUUUUUCGUCUAAACUUCCUGGUCUUGGUGCUGUGCGUGGUAAUGAACAGACCCUACCAGUUCUAUUACUUUGUCCCAUUGGUCACCUUCUGGUUUGUCGUCAUCUACGUAACGCUGGCCAUGUGGCCUCAGAUCCUUCAGAAGAAGGCUAACAGUAGUGGCUUGUGGCACCUCGGGGUCUUGGCCAAGUUACUGGGCCUCCUGCUGUUCAUCUGCGUCUUUGCCUUUUCACAGGGUUUCUUUGAGCGCAUCUUCUCUGUGUGGCCCAUCUCCAAGCUCUUCGAGCUGGACGGAAGCGUCCAUGAGUGGUGGUUCAGAUGGAAGCUAGACCGAUUUGCAGUGAUACACGGCAUGUUAUUUGCCUUCAUCUAUCUGGUGCUUCAGAAGUGCCAGGUGCUGGCGGAGGGCAAGGGAGAGGCUCUCUUCUCAGCCAAGAUUUCCAACAUGCUUCUCUUCCUCUCCGUCGUCUCCUUCAUAACAUACUCAAUAUGGGCUAGCAGCUGCAAAACCAAAACCGAGUGCAAUAAGAUGCAUCCUUACAUCUCUGUUGUCCAGAUUUUGGCCUUCAUUCUCAUCAGGAACAUUCCUGGCUACGCCCGCUCUAUUUAUAGCUCAUUCUUUGCAUGGUUCGGAAAGAUCUCCUUGGAGCUGUUCAUAUGCCAGUACCACAUCUGGCUGGCAGCAGACACCAAGGGAAUUUUGGUCUUGAUCCCAGGAAGCCCUUCACUUAACAUCAUGGUCAGCACCUUCAUCUUUGUUUGUGUGGCUCAUGAGAUUUCCCUCAUCACCAAUGACUUGGCCCAGGUGGUCAUCCCCAAAGACAGCGUGUCCCUGCUGAAGAGACUGGGGGCCGCUGGGCUUUUUAGCCUGGUUGUAUUGCUGCUGGCCAGUGGCAGCCAGCUCACACCCGGCGCCUAAUGAACACCUCUUGAUGGGACGGGGGGGAGUUCACAGCAAACCUGCCAAGCCCCUGCUGAGGUUGAAGUGAGGUCCAGAUCUAAGCCAGGAGCAGGCCCGGUGUUUUAGCCUACUGGUGGCCACAGGAGGCGACCUCAGUGGCAUUAAGUGACAACACAGGGAGCCGUGGGUGAACAGUGUCUCUCUGCUGGCCAUGUUCGAGUCUUUACUUUUUGACUGUGAAAGUCUCACACUGAAUAAAAGAAAAAAUGCUCCCAAAAAAGUGGUUGCUCCUUUCAGGGCAAAGUGCAAAUUGCAAGAGAGGAAAAAAAGAAGAACAAAACGCUCAAAACGUUUACAUUAUCUGGAUUCAAUAGAAAAGCGGAGAAGAGAUUUGGAAUUGUAUUUACAAUCAAAAAAGGCCCUUAUUUUAAGACCUCCUGCUUGCUGUGUGAAUUUUUUGCAGCGUUGCUACUAUUUAGCCAAACACACUGAGAAGUUUAUUUUGUCACAUACAGUACUUCCUAUUAUAACUUCAUUCUGGAAGGGAUCACUAGGCACACACUCCGUCCACAUGGCAUUAGCAACAAAUGUUUCAAUUGUGCUGCAUUUUGUUAUCAACAUGACUUUGUACAGUAUUUCUAGUAGAUCUCUAAGUAUGCAAAAUAUGGACCAACAACUGGCUUGGGCGAUUAAAAAAAACUAAAUUUAAAUUUGGAGUGCAAUUGUUAAAAUGUUGGAUUAUCCCUCAACAUAUUUUUGCUAAUGUUUUUGUGAGUGAUUUUAGAAAUGUUUGCCUUGUGCUGAAAGAUACCGUGGUCACCUGCUGUCGCUCUGAAAUUCUAUGUGAUAUGUACAGUAUUUAAUGAUUUAAAUUAAGCUUAUAUUUUAUACAGUUUUGUUUUAUUUUGUACCUUGCGCUCAUGACUGCUGUUUGUGAAGGAAGUAUUACAUGGAUAAUUUUGUACUCAUCCCAGCAUCUCAUAGAUGAUCACUUGCCUCAGAGACGCAUUGCGGAGGUUGAGCCUUUACAGUCCAAUACCCGUCUGUCCUACUAGCUCACUUCAUACUCUGUGUAUAUUUGUAUGAUAGAGUGUGAGACUUAUUUUAUACAGCAAUACUUCAGCAGUGUUUUUAGUCCUCUUUUAUGCCUCUUAGCUCUGUUGGAAAAUGCACUGGUUUGCACAUCCUCCAUCUGCUGUCACAGCCAGUGAACCUUUUGGUCAGUGAGUGAAAAAGUGAUUUCUUAGACUGAAUGCCUUUGAACAUACAGGUUCUCUCAUUGGCUUAUAGGUACAGCACAUCUUCAGAUAUACGUAGUCACAUCUGUGGUGUAGCCUGUGAUCACAAUCUUCCGUCUACUCGGCACUUUGCAUAAGGGCCAUAUCAACAUUUAAAAACAACUACUAAGUGAUGUGCUAACAGAGCUAAGAAGACAUACUGCUGUCGCUUAAAGGAAAAUAUUGUAUAUUUUGUCAGCUGACAAAUGGGUGACGUCUCUUUGCCGAUAUAUUCUUCACAGACAUUUAAGAGAGAUUAGCACUUUCAUUUUAAGACCUGCAUUUUCUUUCCAUCUUUGCAGUGAAAUACAAUGUUCAACAUGGUACCAGUGCAUAUACUUUAUCUACUUUAGCACUUUUUAUUGGGUAAAUGAAAUGUUUUGUCAAAGGUAAUUUGGCAGAUACAAAAAAAAUAUUAUGUACAAUUCAAGCUGUUGCUUAUGCAUUUUCAGUUGCAUUUUUCAUCUACCAUGGGGUAGUAAAAGAUUGCUUUGUCAAUUCUUUUCUACACAUUAAUGUAGCUUCUCUUUAAAAGAAAAACAUGGGUCCACAAAGAAUUAAUUUCUUCUUUAUAGUGGAAAAAUUUGUCUUCAGCUUCGAGGCUUCUUGUGUCAUUUAUCUGAUGAUGUGCAGUUUGAGUCAAACUGAAUAAGAGCCAAGUAAAUUUGUUAUUUCUAUAACCAGUUAUCACCUCACUGUAUAGAUGAAAAUGGCAUUUCCAUGUUGCAAUUUCCAUUGAUGUGUGAAGUUUACUGAUCCGUUUUCUUGUCUAUUACUGAUCAACAGCUAUACAUUUGGUAAUUCUUUCAGGCCUUAAUAGAUCUUUUUGGUCGUGUAAAAGCAACAACUAUUUAUACCCCUGUGCAGGGACCUCUUUGAAAUAUGUUACAUGUAAAAAAUAAUAA